ACCCGAAUAGGGCUUACUUUUCCUCUGUUACCUGAUGAUACCUUAAAAACACUGCUAUAAAGACUAUUCAAAAACUAUAUAUUGUAUAUCAUAUACCAGUCUAGAGUAAAGGUCUAGACUCUAUUGGGACUUUCAUUGGUCGAGAACCACCCAAGCAUUGACAUUUAAAGCAACCAAUCACAGUUCAGCUUAGUUUGGUAAAAACGCAACUCCCAAUUCAUUUAAUCAAAUCAACUUCAAAGAGUGUUUCCAGUUUUGCCAUAUAGAAGGUUUCAUCAGAGGCACGCGUCUGGCCCGAAGUUAACUUCGUGUGUUUGGUUAUAAUAUAACCAUUUAUUUUAAUUUACAUUCAUAUUCAAUUAUAUUAAUAUUUCUUUGUAUAUUAAUUGUAUUAAAUGACAUUAAAACUACUCAACAGUUAUUGAUCCUUUGCGGAGGUCUACCGGAAGUUAAAUUUGGGCCGCAUAAUGUUUGUUUAUGUUGUUGCCGCUGAAACCGUCUAUACAUCAGACAUUCAGCCGUCAGUAUGUGGACGUGACGUCUGAGACUAAGGAUCACUAUCACCCCCUUGAGCGCUGAGGUUUUUUCCUCAAUAAUUUAAGGUGCAGCUUGACUUGUGUGUCCUCGUUAGUGUGAAUACUGUGCUCCACUGGAGACAAAAGCUUUCAUAAAAUAAAGUUUAGUUAAGAUUACAAGGAAUAUCUGCAUUAUCACCUACUACAGCAGACUGCCAACACCUGGCACCUACAGCUCUUCUAAAAAUGGAUCAUAGUAACCUCAAUUGUCUCAUAAUAUAAUAUUUUUAUAAUAGUGGUCACUAUUACCAUUGCUUGUAAUUGACCAGUGACUUAUUACUUGAAUAAUUGGGGGCGGGCUCUUUUAACUUGGGACAGUAAAGCUCUGAACACCUUAGCAACAGCAAAGCAACACUGCCAACCAUGAACAUAGGGUUUUUAUGGUGCCAACUACAAACCACCCACAACAGGACUGCACAUGGGUGUUUGCACAGUAGCCUAAGCGCAACUCACUUUUUCAAGAGAAAAGGUAACAGUCUAGUUGUUAUAAUAUAGGCUAAGCAUCUUUGCUACAUUGUUUAAGGAAAAUGCUGAAAUGAAUCUAUUAGGGCAUACACUAACAACGUUAAUUUCAAUUGACUGUAUAUUUUCUUAUGGGUACAGGCAUACUAAGUAAGCGAAAUAAAAUAAAAACAAAUAAGCUAUAUUGCAAAGUCAAAAGUAUUAAUCCAUAGCAUAGACACUUUAACAUUCGUAUCUCUGUUCGCCAUUGCAGCAUCAUCUGUACCUCCGUGAUGAAAGAAACAGCCAGGAGGCGGUGUUUUAUCAGAGCCCAACAUUAAACAUAUCUGACGUCUAUAUCUCCAUCAUCAUCAUCAUCAUCAUCGCCUCUUAAUGUCCAAAUAACUCUUUGCGUUCCCGCGCCUCUAUCGUUUUUCCUUCAAAUUCGUGUCUUUCGUCUUUUCCCGCAUUAACGUCUUUAGGGAUCUGAAGUUUGGCUCAGCUCGCGCAACCGGUGUGUGAACUCGUCGCGGCGCGCUGACCGAUCAAACAGCCUCAUUCGACCGCUGUCCAGUCGUGAUCGUUGUGACACCAGGGGAUUCAUAUGAGCGUGCCUCCGGUAAUCCGACCGCCGAGCCCCCUCCCGGGGUCGCAAGGCAUUUCCUUCCAGAUCCAGAUCGGGUUGAGCCGGGAACCCGUCCUGCUGGACUCCGGCGAGUUCAGCCUGGCGCAGGUCCGAGAGAUGGCAUGCUCCAUCGUGGACCAGAAGUUCCCAGAAUGUGGCUUCUAUGGAAUGUAUGACAAGAUUCUUCUUUUCCGUCACGAUCCGAACUCCGACAACAUCCUGCAGUUGGUGAGGUGCGCCGCGGAAAUCAUGGAGGGAGACCUGGUGGAAGUCAUCUUGUCUGCCUCAGCUACUGUCGAGGACUUCCAGAUCAGACCUCAUGCUCUGUUUGUUCACUCAUAUCGAGCGCCGGCGUUCUGUGAUCACUGUGGAGAAAUGCUGUGGGGUUUAGUGAGACAGGGUCUGAAGUGUGAAGGCUGUGGGCUGAACUACCAUAAACGGUGUGCCUUUAAAAUCCCAAACAACUGCAGCGGGAUCCGUAAACGGAGACUGUCUAACGUGUCCCUCACUGGCCUGACCAACACUCGCUCUGUGUCUGCUGAUCCAUCUCCCAGCACCUCUGAUGAAGCUUUACUGUCUCCCGUCAGUCCUAGCAUGGAGCAAAAAACACCAUGUGACUUCUUUCCUGGAAGAGGCCGCUCCAACUCUCAGUCCUAUAUAGGUCGACCAAUAGAGUUAGACAAAAUCCUGCUCUCUAAAGUGAAGGUGCCACAUACUUUUGUCAUCCAUUCCUACACACGCCCCACAGUUUGCCAACACUGCAAGAAGCUUCUCAAGGGCUUGUUCCGUCAGGGACUGCAGUGCAAAGACUGCAAAUUCAACUGCCAUAAACGAUGUGCACCCAAAGUGCCAAACAACUGCCUCGGAGAGGUGUCAAGAAACGGAGAUUUGUUGAGUCCUGGAGCGGAAUCAGAUGUGGUCAUGGAGGAAGGCUGUGAUGAUCAUGAUGGUGAAAGACACAGUCCACUUAUCGAUGAUAUGGAAGAAUCCCUUGUGGUCGACUCUGCGGCACUUUUGGAGGCUGGGCAUGGUGAUCUUGGAGAUUUUCAGGACCAUGACCUAGAUGAAUCCAACAGAAUCAUCAGUCCUUCCACCAGCAACAACAUCCCACUUAUGCGGGUGGUUCAGUCUGUCAAACACACCAAGAGGAAAAGCAGCAAUGUUAUGAAAGAAGGAUGGCUUGUGCAUUUCACCAGCAAAGACACAUUGCGUAAGAGACAUUACUGGAGACUGGACAGCAAGUGUAUCACCCUUUUUCAAAAUGAUACUGGGAGCAAAUACUAUAAGGAGAUCCCUCUGUCUGAGAUAUUGUCUCUGGAACCAGCUAAAACCUUCAACCUUCUCCCUGAGGGUGCCAACUCGCAUUGCUUUGAGAUUGCCACGACGUCUCUGGUGUAUUAUGUGGGAGAGAACCUGGCUCGAGCUGACGGGGGAACAUCUGGCUACGGAAGCAACGUGCUGGUUAGCGGCGUGGGACAGGACGUGGCCCGCAUGUGGGAGAUGGCCAUCCAGCAUGCGCUUAUGCCUGUCAUCGCCAAGGGCAUAUCUCAUGGAGGCCAUCACAGCUUUCACAAGGAGGUCUCCAUUAGCAUCUCUGUAUCCAACUGCCAGAUCCAAGAGAACGUGGAUAUUAGCACAGUGUAUCAGAUAUUCCCUGAUGAAGUACUUGGAUCGGGGCAAUUUGGCAUUGUCUAUGGAGGGAAACACAGAAAAACAGGCCGAGAUGUUGCCAUCAAGAUCAUAGAUAAACUGCGUUUCCCUACCAAGCAGGAGAGUCAACUGCGAAACGAGGUUGCCAUUCUUCAGAACCUCCACCAUCCUGGAAUUGUCAACCUCGAGUGCAUGUUUGAGACACCGGAGCGUGUCUUUGUUGUCAUGGAAAAGCUCCAUGGCGACAUGUUAGAGAUGAUACUGUCAAGUGAGAAGGGGAGGCUGCCAGAACGCAUCACCAAGUUUCUCGUUACGCAGAUUCUCGUGGCACUCCGCCACCUUCACUUCAAAAACAUCGUUCACUGUGACCUGAAGCCCGAGAAUGUUUUGUUAGCCUCAGCUGACUCUUUUCCACAAGUGAAGCUGUGCGAUUUCGGUUUUGCACGCAUUAUUGGAGAGAAGUCUUUCAGGCGUUCAGUAGUUGGCACGCCUGCGUAUCUCGCCCCGGAGGUGCUUCGCAACAAGGGCUACAACCGCUCGCUGGACAUGUGGUCUGUGGGUGUCAUCAUCUAUGUUAGUCUCAGUGGAACUUUCCCCUUUAAUGAGGAUGAAGACAUUCACGACCAAAUUCAGAAUGCUGCUUUCAUGUACCCACCCAACCCGUGGAAAACAGUGACCCCAGAAGCAAUUGACCUCAUUAAUAACCUGCUGCAAGUCAAAAUGAGGAAGCGUUACAGCGUGGACAAGUCUCUCAGCCAUCCCUGGUUACAGGACUACCAGAUGUGGCUGGACCUGCGAACUUUGGAGUGCAAAAUGCAGGAGCGAUAUAUCACCCACGAAAGCGAUGAUUUGCGCUGGGAGAAUUUCGCCGAACAAAAUGGACUUCAGUACCCAGCCCACUUAAUCAACCCUCAUGCUAAUGUACGUGAAGAGGCGGAGUCUGAAGAGGCUGUGAUGAGCAUGCUCAGCGACAGAGUCAGUGUGCUGUAAAUUGCUGCCUGUCCCUUUAAGGGCACAAUGGAGCUCAAGCCAAACUGUUUACAGCUAAAUCAAGACUUCAACCAACUGCCUUGACAAUUCCAAACAAAAGUACUUGUUGACACAAUUUUAACACUACACUAUAGAUUAAGCACAAAUUUCACUAAACUCACAUGCAGUGCCUGAACCACAAAAGCCAAACUAGCCAUAUAUUGUGGAACACACAAUCACACUCAAGCUUUCAAAAAACCAUAAAAAACAACUACACUCAGACUUUAUAUUUAACUUUUGCAGGCUUAUUAUUUCGCUCAUUACUGUUGUCUGGUUUUGGAGCUUUAGAAUAAUAUUAUGAGUACGUUAUUUGCUAUUACUCAGUGACAAAACACUGUAGCAGCAGUGUUGUUUGUACAGUAUAACUCACUAAAAAGUUUAUAAAAAUAUGUGAGAAACAUAACUUAUAUGGUCUUGGGAAAUUAUUCUGCUUUGAAAGUUGGUUAAUGCCACUGUAAUUUUGUGGUGACCAUUGCAUCAGUGGAAAUAACUUGAGAAUUGUAUAACAGAGAGCAUUUAUAGCUUUCGUGGUAUUGUGUUUGUGUGCUUUUGAAUGUAUGUGUGUAUGCGUGAGUGUGUGUAUGUGCACUCUGAGGGCUGCUUUUGUUAGUUUCUGUGCAAUGCAAGACUGCUAAGCAACAUUGUCUGUGCACUGGACGUCUUUCCUUUUGCUUCUUCAGAGAUGGAACAAUACAGGUGGUAAGCAAGCCGUAUUAUGACAGAGUUUCAGUGUUUCCCUUCAAGCGAAGAUGUCAAAGGUAAACCUCCUCUCUGUAAAAUUAUUUACUCACCAGCAACUCUGUAUAAAAAGCCUGAUUAAAUGUUUUUACCAA